AUGCUCCAACUCUACAACUCGACCAAGCUCGAGUCCUGCCUCUCCGGCCAACACCUCAUAUUCUUUGGCGGUGCCAAAGCCCGCCAGCUGUUUUGGAUUGUUGCCGAAAAGCUGGAUCACCAUCAAGCUCAAAAUGCUAGCCAAGGUCUGGAGACCAGUCUCGGAGGCGCUACAACAUUCAAGUCAGCCGGGGCGGGAAUCAUUCAUGUCUGGGACCCAGCGUUCAACUCAACUCGUCAUGCCCUCCUCGGGACCAGACCAAUAGAAAACCACGAUGCCCCUGCAGACUACCCGAAGAUGAUCAACGACAUUCACUUCUUUUUCAAUGAAGACGGUGUCCACCUCACCGAUGAGGCUGCAUCUUUCCAGGCCGACCUCGUGUUGAAUUAUUUCUGCAACAACCUUGUCGGCGUGCCAUCGAAAGUUUCUCAAGCAUACUGCUGUGCCCCGUAUGUUGGCCCAAACGUUGUGCAGAAGAUGCUGCUUUUCACGGGCUCAUGUGGGAUUGUCCACCACCUCCUUUCGUUCUUUGUCCGCAGAAAGCAUGCCACCAGCCAUCAAAAUGACUCGCUCUCGUUCUCAGAAACAUCCAGAGUCGUUGGGGCAAUAGCUACAAUCUCACUUGCUGUACUAUACUGCUUCGUGGCCGACCGUACAGCCUUGUUCGACAAAGCUCCGAAAUUGCUUGAGCUGGGCAAAUUCAUCUGCCUGGCCGGUCUCGUACUGCUCGCAGGUCUGGCCACCUUCAAGCCAAAUCAGGCUCAGCAUGAGACUGCCAAUGAUUGCAUGACUGCACUGCCAGAAUAUCGUCGAGUGCUUUCCAGGCAGCAGACAGAGGAAUGGAAAGGGUGGAUGCAAAUUGUCAUACUUCUGUACCAUUACUUCGGCCUGUCGAAAGUCCUUUGGGUCUAUCAAUUUGUCCGCCUGUUGGUCGCUUCCUACCUCUUCAUGACUGGAUUUGGCCACACCACCUAUUUCAUCACCACGAACGACUUCACAUUCCGCAGGGUCGCGAGUGUCCUGCUGAGGACCAACCUGCUCAAUAUCCUUCUUACCUUUGUCAUGGGAACUCGAUAUGACUUGUACUACUUCCCGGUCUUGACCAGCUUGUGGUUUCUCAUCGUCUGGGCAACAGUCCCAAGGACUCCGGCACCUGGCGUAGACAUGCAUUGGUUUCUCCGCCGGACUGCCAUAUCUGCAACAAUGGUCAGACUCAUUCUAGGAACCAACAAUAUCAUUGAACCGGCGCUGGACGCCAUCAGCAGCCUCGGCUUGGGCCUUCCUGAAAUCGAUGGACGUGAGUUGUUCUUCAGAUUUGGCCUCGACGCCUACAUUGUGUUCGUUGGCAUGAUCACGGCAGCUCUUUAUGCACAGUACGACACUUGCCACGGCCUCCAGUCUCGUAAAACGGCGGGGUCGCUCAACCGUUGGUCGCAGCUGGCUUCGAGAUUGACAACACCGGUCGCCGCGUCUGUCAUCUUAGCAUAUUUGAUAUUCUGCGGCGGGUUUUCAGAUAAGUUUCGCUACAAUGAAUGGCAUCCUUUUGUCUCGCCAUUGCCCGUGCUGGCUUUCAUUGUCCUCAGAAAUUCGACUCCCAAAUUAUCAGCGUCACACAGCCGACUCUUUGCAUGGUUUGGCCGCUGCUCUUUGGAAACAUUUGCCUUCCAGUAUCACACAUUGCUUGCCGCCGACUCUCACGGCUUGCUUCGUCCGAGACUGGCCUGCAAACUAAUCGGUCGACAGACCUGCCGAGGCGUGUUUGAUGUGUUGGAGACUGCAAUCGUGGUUGCGGCGUUUCUCUCGAUGAGCGCUGCCACUUCAAAUGCUCUGUCGAUAAUCACCAAAAGUCUCGUCGGCCUCGGAGCGAAGGCACUGGUCGCCUUUGUUGGCAUAUGGAUACUCAACUUGGCGUGGAGUUCAUCGGGUGCUGGAACCGCAUAA